AUGUCAAGUGAAGUGACAAGAGCUGAAAACGAAUAUUCUAAAAAGACUCAUAUACAUUCUAUAUCUGAAAUAACAGACUUAAACGUUAGCCUUGAAAAGAAAGCAGAUAAGGAAUAUGUGGCUAGUAAGUUAGAGAAGAAAGCGGAUAAGGAAUAUGUGGAUGAAAAAGAUAACGAAAUGAAAGAAAGGGUUGACUGGUACCAUGAAUGGACAUCGAAGACUUUUAAAGUUAAAGCCGAUACAGGAUGGGUUUCAGGAUGUUUAGACCUUAAAGCAGAUAAAACUUAUGUUAACGAUGAGUUAGAGAAGAAAGCAGAUAAGAACCAUACACAUACAAGUUUUACAACUGUUGCUAUAGAAAGUAUUGAAGGAACGGUUGACGUAACUGGUGGGGAUGUAUUAUAUUGUAAACCUCCUAACUUUCCACACGGUUUAACAUCGGAUGACGACAUAACGACGAUGAGAAACAUUAGAUGUAAAGAUGUUUAUGUCAUGAAGGAUGAAUAUAAUACUAAAUUCACUGCUCAAGAUUUAUAUGACAAGAAAGCAGACAAAACAGAGCUUCAAACAUUAAAGACAGAAAUACUUCAAACAUUAUAUCCUAUAGGCUCUAUUUAUACGUCAAUGAACUCAACAAAUCCAGAAACAGUUCUGGGUUUUGGAACUUGGACUCAAAUAGUCGACAGGUUUUUGUAUUGUGCAAACUCUUCAAAGGAAACAGGUGGAAGUAAAACGAUUUCAGGUGAAAAUUUACCUGCACAUAGUCACUACAUAGAUUUAAGUACAUCUCAAGCAGGUUGGCAUAAGCAUAAAUUUUGGGAUUGGUCAGCAAUGAAAAAAGGUAAAGGAUAUGAUGUUAAAGACAAC